AUGACACACCGAGGCCGAGGAACGACGCAGCCGGAGAGAGUGCAGUGCGCCUUGCCUUGCGCAGCCGGUUUGCGAGGAUCCCGUGACCCAAGAGAGUUCAACCACCUGCUGCGGCUCCAGGCGAACUCUCACCUAAUUUCGUCACCGCCCGAGCACAGUAUUAACCCCUUGCGCAGCGGCCUGGCCUGUCUCUGCCUGCUCUUCUCUGAUCCAGGAAACAGAGUGACGGGCGGCCGGCGAGCGUGCUCACCUGCGAACCGCAAUGCUAUAGUUAUAUGCAUCUCUUUCUUCCCCUUCCAGCGGUCCCUUUUGCUUGCCCUAAUUCUCCUUGCCUGGGCAGAGGCCAAGGGACAGGGCGGCCGCCACCGCCACCACCAGAACUGCUUUGCCGCAGAGGAUGUGCAGGAAGGGUACGUGCCCUCGCUGUUCCGGAGCAGGGCCACACGGUGGGAACGCCAAGCUCCCGUGCAGCUUGUGCCCUACGUGGAGAGUGGAGAGGCCAGUCCACGGAGGCAGCGGAGGCACCACGAGACCAGCUGCCCCGAUCUGAAGGUCCAGGGCACUCUGAACAGAGAAAUCCACGAGCGCUCCAUCUCACCAUGGACAUACCGUAUUGAUGAAGAUGAGGACCGCUAUCCACGCAAACUGUCCAUUGCAGAGUGUCUUUGCAAAGGAUGCAUUGAUGUCAAGACAGGACAAGAGGUGACCUCGCUUAAUUCAGUGCCGGUGUUCCAGAACAUGAUGGUGCUGCGACGCAAGCCGUGCCAACACAACGACGAGGCUGCUGGCUUUACCUUUGAGGUGAAGUACAUCGAUGUACCCGUAGCCUGUGCCUGCGUCCUCCCCCGAUACAGCAGCUGA